AUGAGUGGCAGCACGAGCCAGCGCGCCGCCGCCCUGGGGGUCCUCUUUGCCCUGAUCACGUUGCUGAUCAUCUACAGCUCCGGCAGCAGGAGCGAGGUCUUCCCCUACAGCCCCCUGCGGGGCAGUGCCCGCCGGCCCCCCGACCUCAAGAAGUGGGGGGUGAAAAGCGGGUACCUGCCCGUCUGCGGCAACAAGACCCUGACUGCCCGCUGCCACCAGUGUGUCGUUGUUACCAGCUCCAGCCACCUCCUGGGCACUCGCCUGGGCACGGCCAUCGAUGGGGCCGAGUGCACCAUCCGCAUGAACGACGCUCCCACCACGGGCUACGAGGCUGACGUGGGCAACAAGACCAGCUUCCGCGUGGUCGCCCACUCCAGCCUCUACCGCGUCCUCAAGCGGCCCCAGGAGUUCGUCAACAAGACCCCAGAGACCAUCUUCAUCUUCUGGGGGCCGCCUGCCAAGAUGCAGAAGAGCCUCCUGAAGAUCAUCCAACGUGUCAGUGCCUCCUUCCCCAACAUGACGGCCUACGUGGUCUCCCCUGGCCGCAUGAAGCAGUUUGAUGACCUGUUUCGUGGGGAGACAGGGAAGGACAGUCGCUUCAUCACCGAGAAGCGGGUCUUUGCCAGCUGGGCAGGCCUCUACAACAUCACCUUCUCCCACCCCACCUGGCCUUAG